GAGAAACCCAAAUGUUAAAGGGAAAUGCAUUAAAGCUGUAGCAAAAUAAGAAAGUAAAAACCAAUUGAAACCCUAAUUUCACUUCAAAAAAUGUUCCCGGUUGUUAAAGGAAGGGCCUUUUGCUUUGUCCAUAUAAAUAUAUUGUGAGAGUACAACAACACCUUCAUAAGCUCUUACACUCAUUUCAACUCUCUUUUUCGUUUCCAUUACCCUCAGAAGAAGAUGAAUAGGCCGGGAGAUUGGAACUGCAGAUUGUGUAGCCACCUCAACUUCCAGAGGAGGGAUUCAUGCCAACGUUGUAGAGAGCCUAGACCGGGCGGGAUCAGUACCGAUUUACUCAGCGGUUUUGGUGGCCGUCCGGUUAGUAGCUCCUUCGGUUUCAACACCGGGCCCGAUGUGCGACCCGGGGAUUGGUAUUGCAACCUUGGGGAUUGUGGGACACAUAAUUUUGCCAAUAGGUCCAGUUGUUUCAAGUGUGGUGCCGCAAAAGAUGAGUUUUCAUGCUCAAGUGCUGCUGCAACAACCGGGUUUAUGGACAUGAAUGUUGGUCCGAGACGUGGCCUUUUUGGUUUUGGCGGCAGCAGUAGUGGUGGUGGUGGUACGGGCCGUUCUCCUUGGAAAUCUGGAGAUUGGAUUUGCCCAAGGUCAGGCUGUAACGAACAUAACUUCGCAAGCAGGUCAGAGUGUUUCAGGUGUAACGCACCAAAGGAACUUGCCACCGAACCACCCUAUUAGUCAUUUAGUCCUCCUACCUUCUUCAUCAUUUCCAAGUACUUUUCGUUUCAACAAUAGUCUUAACUUCUGAUCAGAAACAGUUCGACAUAUAUAUUUGGAUGAUAGAAUUUGUUAACAUUUACAACUUUAUUAUAUCGUAAAAGUUUAAAUAGUAGUGUGAAAUACACUAACGAUAGUACUUUAACGUUAACGUACGUAUCUUUUUGAUUAUUUUUUUUAGUACUCUGGAAGCAUUAGAGGAGAGCAGAAAGGUGAAGAAUCGAAGCAAGAUACCGACCGCCCUUAAUCUCUUGAUUUGUUUAAUUUCUUAGAUUUGACUCGUUUUAUAUCUCGUAGUAGUCAGACCUAUGUUAGAAUGUAAGCAUGUCGAGAGUUUUCCGAAGCAUUUUGUUCUGAUAUCGGUCUCCUAGCUAGUAUGUAAGUUUGUUUGAAUGUAUUCUUAUUUCUGAUAAAGUUGUUUCCUUCUGAUUCCGCAAUCACGAUUCUCAUCUAAGUUUGAAACACUUGAGUUGUUGAACGUACGAGAGGCUGAGAGCUGUUGAGAACUUCUUCUGUGGCCGCAAAU